UCCUAGGCCCGCCCUUCCAUCGCUACCUCCCGGCAGGCUGUGCAGCAAUGGGCGGAGUAGUGGCGCGAACGCGACGAAAAUGGCGGCUGAGGAGGCGGAGCGGCGUGGCAGCGGGACCGCCCUGGACAGCCUCGUCUGCCGCCCGCCCCUUACUCCGUCGCUCUCCCCGCGGAAAAGGACCACCAGCCAGUCCAAGACGGAGCCGCCGCUGUUGAGGACCAGCAAGCGCACCAUCUACACCGCCGGGCGCCCGCCCUGGUACAACGAAACGGGCACCCCCUUCAAGGAGGCCUUCGUCAUCGGCUUGUGUGGCGGAAGUGCAUCUGGCAAGACCACUGUGGCCAAUAAGAUCAUUGAAGCUCUGGAUGUGCCUUGGGUCGUGCUACUCUCCAUGGACAGUUUCUAUAAGGUCCUGACGAAAGAGCAGCAGCAGUUGGCUGCCUGCAAUGAAUACAACUUUGAUCACCCUGACGCCUUUGACUUUGACCUACUCAUCAGUGUCUUACGGAAGCUCAAAGAGGGCAAAAGUGUCAAAGUUCCUGUCUAUGAUUUUACCACUCACAGCCGGCGGAAGGAGUGGAAAACCAUCUAUGGGGCCAAUGUGAUUGUGUUUGAAGGGAUCCUGUCAUUUGCCAAUAAGGAGCUUCUUCAGCUCCUGGACAUGAAGGUGUUUGUGGACACAGACUCGGACAUCCGGCUGGUGCGACGGCUAAAGCGAGACAUCAUGGAACGUGGGCGGGAUGUGGCAGGCGUUAUCAAGCAGUACAGCAAGUUUGUGAAGCCAGCCUUUGAGCAGUACAUAGAGCCUACUAUGCAGGCAGCAGACAUUGUGGUACCCCGAGGUGGGGAGAACUUUGUGGCUCUGGACUUGAUUGUUCAGCACGUGCACAGCCAGCUGGAAAAGCGUGAAAUCACGGUCAGAGCAGCCUUGGCUUCGGCUCACCAGGGUCAGCCAUUGCCGAAGACCCUCAGUGUCCUGGACAGCACGCCGCAAGUCCGUGGGAUGCACACCAUCAUCAGGAACAAAGAGACCACCAGGGAUGAGUUCAUUUUUUACUCCAAGCGCCUCAUGCGCCUUCUCAUAGAGCACGCCCUCUCCUUCCUGCCCCUCAAGCCGGUGACCGUUGAGACGCCGCAGGGGACAGUUUACGAGGGGAAGCGGUUCCACCGGCAGCGGAUCACGGGUGUCUCCAUCCUGCGAGCCGGUGAGACGAUGGAGCAAGCUCUCAUCGCUGUCUGCAAGGACAUCCGCCUGGGCAAGAUCCUCAUCCAGACUAAUCACCACACGGGGGAGCCUGAGCUGCACUACCUUCGCCUGCCCAAGGAGAUCAGCGAAGACUACGUCAUCCUGAUGGACAGCACCGUCUCCACGGGGGCUGCUGCCAUGAUGGCUAUCCGAGUGCUGCUGGACCACGAUGUCCAGGAGGACAGGAUCUUCCUGCUCUCCCUGCUGAUGGCCGAGAUGGGGGUCCAUUCUGUGGCGUACGCCUUUCCCCGAGUGCACAUCAUCACCACAGCUGUGGACAAGAGAGUCAGCGAGGAGUUCCACAUCAUCCCUGGCAUUGGUAAUUUCGGCGACAGAUACUUUGGCACCGAUAGCGCCAUGCCCUGGUGCGAGAGCGACUGCAUGAACUCCUGAGCUGGCCUCGCCAUUGGGCGUAGGGGGGAGCUGCCCUAGAGCAAAGCUCGGCUGCACUAGCCAUUCUCCUCACCGCUGCAGGAGCUGCUGCAACGCUAGACCUCUUCAGCGCUUCCAUGACCAUGCCAGCUGCGGUGGGGUCUGGGUCGGAAGCGCUGCCACCGCCACCACCCUGCCUCCAGCCCCCUUCUCCGCCUUGCUCCUCCUUGAUAUUUAUUAGGUCCCUUCCCUGAUUGCCAGCGCUCUGGCUGCUGGCCCAUCCAGGGCUGCCUGGCUUUAGUGCGGCCCGCGGUCCUGUUGGCAGAGCUGCUUCCUGCUUGGAGGGAGGUGCCGCCCCCAGGAGCAACCGGGGCGGUCCUGGUGAUUCCCUUGCCGGGGUUCUCAUGCUGCCAGGCACCAUGGAAGCAGGCUGCAGCAUUUUGGUUCUGCAGGCAGCUUCCCUGACUCUCGCUCCAGGUGCCAGUUGUACCAGCCCCCUCAGGCGGGGCCCACGGACACAGCAGGAGGGAGGACCUCACUCCAGAGGCAGGAGGGGCUCCACCCCUGGGAGGGUCAUUGCUGCUGCCCCCCACCACAACUGGGCCUGCCUUCUUCCUGGGCCUCCUGCGCUUCCUUGCCCUGGACUGUUUGCCCUGGCCCAUACUGUGCUGACCCGCCUCCCUUGCUUUUGUACCUAGUGAUGAUGGCGAUAAAGACCUUCCCUGUC